AUGGGUGGGCUAAAAGUAUACAGUAAAGAGCCUUUGUUUAAUGGGAAAACCAAAACAGACACGUUCUAUUUCCUUUAUUUCCUACUACACAUCCCAAUCACCGUGUUGAUAGAUUCAGCAUUGGCUAUCCCUAAAGAAUACCAAUUAAAUGUUCAAAAGUCAUUAUUAGAGUUCCAUAUUGGACAAAAUAAAGAUUUCUUAUUGGCAAAUCCACCUAGUUGGUUAACAGUCUUCGGAUGGAUCGAAUUGGUGUUACAAUUGCCUUUUUUCUUUAUUGGUGCAGCUGCACUAUUCAAAAGUGAGUAUUAUUCUAACUAUAUAGGAACCAUUAAAGUUUACCCAUAUAUGGUUGUAUAUGGCUUGGAAGCUAGUAUAACUACUGUUUGUUGCCUGGUUACUAUUUGGGUUGAAGGUGAAGCUAAUGGUUUGAAUUAUGGUGAUAUCAUUAGCUUGAUUGGUGUCUAUCUACCUACUUUUAUCAUUCCAUUCUACAUGGCUUGUGAAGUGCUGAGUAGAAACUGGGGUACUAGUAAAGAAGCUGGGUUAAAGAAGACCAGCUAG